AUGGCCACCACACCUGCACCUGCUACCAAGCCCCUCCAUCUCGUCUACACUGUGACCAACAUUCAGCAUAAGGUCCGCAUGCUUGAUGGAACGAAGGUAUCAUACUCUUCGUGGGUCAAGCUCUUUCAACUGCACGCAAAGGGUUACAAAGUCAUGUCUCACACUGACGGGACACAGUCCCCGGCCAAAACAGAUACAGAAUACGAGGCCUGGGCUGAAAUUGAUGCCAUUGUUUUGCAAUGGAUUUAUGGAACAUUAUCUGACGAUCUACUGGUUCGCGUUCUAGUCACCGAGUCCACUGCCUAUGAGGCCUGGUCUCGAAUCAAAGCCAUAUUUCUCAACAACAAGGGCUCUAGGGUUGCAGCUUUGGAGCAUGAAUUCAACAAUCUCACACUAAAAUCCAUGUCAUCUCUUGAAGCCUACUGUCAAAAGCUCAAAGAAUUGGGAAGUCAACUCAAUGAUGUGGACUGUCCGGUAAAUGAUCAACAGCUUGUUCUUCAACUAGUUCGAGGACUACCCGCUGAAUAUGAUAUCAUCACCUCGUACAUCAAUCAAAUCCUUCCCACUUGGGAGACCGCCUGCAGCAUGCUUGAACUGGAACAUCACCGCUAA